UGGACUUUGGACACCAAGAAUCCUUCACAUAUGCACAGACAACUGAGAGGAACGCAGCAGUGUGUGCGGACUGUAAAUUCAUCAUGGUUCAUCUACAGAAUAUCCUUGCCUUCAUAAUACUCUUUGCCUCCAUUUGUCAGGCUCAAGCUGGUGGUCAACGGGCAUCAUCAGAUACAACUAAAGUCACAUUACAGCCGUGGCUGGUGGGACUGACAGCCGUUGUUGUUUUUCUCUUCAUUGUCUUCGUCCUCCUCAUCACGCAAAGACUCUUUUUCAAGAAAGACAAAGAUGAGCUAGAAGAAAAGGAUGAAAUGGCUGCAUUUUAUGACAACAAAGCGGCUGAUUUGGAGGCAAAUGAGGAGACCAAGCAGACCAGUUUCUAAUGAGAAGAACAGAUGAUCACAGUCCUGCAGCACACAAGUCUUUCUCUUUGGAAAUGAUGCCAGUUUAGCACAGAGUCACUCUCCAAUUACAUAUCAACUUAUCUAAUAUGCCAAUAUAUAUUAUUUGAACUUACUAAUUGUGGUCUUAGUUUUGUUUUUAUGUCUUCACAAGUGUUGUUCCUCAAAUCAUCCACCAGACGGAGCAGCCUUCGCCUAGUCACAGCUUUAACCUAAAGUUCAAAUAAAAUACAUUAUAAAAAGUA